CUCAGACUAUGGCUGCUACAUCAUCGGCCUAAUUGGGAUGACUCGUGCCUUAUUCCGACCGCUACGACCACGAGGUUCUAGAAUCGCCCAGACAAGGUUUAUACUGCUUAUCUUGAGUUACCUUUUCCUUGCAAAGGCAUUUCUCGGCAGGUCUUUUCCUUUUUCUCCUGUGCGUCCAGGAUAUUCUCCGAGACUCCCAAAUGCGGACAUUUCCUGACUGGUGCCGUAGCCCAAGACAGUCAAAGCCUGUUUAUAUGGGAAUUCUACCGUAUAGCUAAGGUCGCAGCAAGAAGGUCGACGGAAGACACGAUCCGGCGCAGACUGGGCGUUGUCCCUG